GAAACUUUAAAGUGACACGGUUCUAACUGAAACCAGCGUGACGUUCCGUGUACAUUGCCUUUACGAGCUGAUUUUGUUUUACGAGAGUGUCUUGAGACGAACUUUGGCUUCUUCCUUAUUAAUUUGUGUAAUACUACCAAGUUGUCUCAUGUUAAUUUGUUAUCUUAAUGUAUUAAUUGGCCGCGGAAGUGAUUUUGCUGUUUAGAACUGCAGGAGUAAACAUGUCUUCCAAAGGUCAAACCACAGGCAAAGAUCCAAAACUACCAAAAAAAGAGGUGAUGGUGACACGCCACAAGUCAGCCCAGAUGAAGCGCCAACUACGAACCAAAGAUCGGAGCAUGAAACACAUAACUGACCUUCUCAAAAGCCCGACAAAGGAAACCCUGACCAAAACUGCACCGGUAAAGAAGAAGUCACCCAAAGCUAAACAAUCAUUGCUACAAAGCGUACAAAAGAUACAGAAUCUACCGCAAAAGACUUUUAAGCUGUCAAAAGUUCUGCGUAAAGAGAUUUUACUUGCGCAAGAUGAAGAGUACCAUCCGAAUAAGAGGAAACGGAAGCUGACGGUUAAUAAAGUGGUUUUAAAGCCAAAGCCAAAUAUGAAGGUAGUUGGGGAAAUAGCUGGGUCUGUUAAGAGGAAGUAUGCAGUUCCACUUAAGGCCUACGACAAACCUGGUUUAACACAGCCUGAACACACAGACUCCGCUACGCUGUCAGCGAAGUGUGUGAAGCUGAGCAUGGCAGAAGCCAUCCAGAUCAUGGACGAGCAGCUGACGGACGAGGACCUGAUGGAGAUCCUGACCUGCCCCAGCCCGGUGUGGUGGGAGGACCCGCCAGAUGAAGACUAUAUUGAAGAAGCACUUUACACCAGGUCUCCUCCUGUCACUGAAUCGAAUGAUCGUCCAGCAACCCCAGCACCAAUGGAAGUGGACGCAGAUGAAGCUGAAACCGAUACAGGUAAAAUUAUCCCAAUACCUAAUCUGAGUGCUAAAAGCGAUAAGUUUCUUAAGAAGAGAUCUAAACUUGAAGAUUUACUGGGCAAUAUCAAAGAUAAAAGUAAUAAGCAAAAGGCAAAAGCAAGCAAUGAAGACGUUAUGGUCAUUUGCUCAAAUUAUCGUGCUAAUAAUGAGAUUAAUAAAGAUGUGGCUAGUAAUGAAAUUAAACAUGUGGCUAAUAAUGAAAGUGAAGGUGCGGCUAAUAUUGAAUUUGAAGAAGAUGUGGCUAAUAAUGAAAUUGAAGAUUUGUCUAAUAAUGAAUUCGAAGAAAAUGUGGCUAAUAAUGAAUUCCAAGGAGAUAUGGCUAAUAAUGAAAUUGAAGAUGUGGCUAAUAAUGAAAGUGAAAAAGACGGGGCUAAAAAUAGAGAAAAAACAGAAAUGAAAUUGUCUGAAUCUGAUGAUGAACUCAUAUUGCAUAAUAGCAGUAUGAAUGAAGAUGAAUUGCUAAAAGAUUUAGAAAAUAUGGAUAUUCCUAUAGCCGAUGAUGUGAUAGUUAUAGACGAUGAUGAUGAUGAUUUUUUAGAGAAGCCAUGUGAAAAUACAGCACAAGAAAUUAAAAAGGAAGAUAAUGAAAUAACAAUUACUAGUGAUACUAAUAAAGAAUCAAGUAAAGAUACAGAUAAUUCAAAAGAAGAAGUGCCAAAAAACUUACCAGCGCUACAAAAGUGUAACUUAAGUGAAGAUAUAGCAUCCCCAAAGUCUUUAGAUAGCUUAAGUUCGAAAUCAAGUGUUGUUUCAUCUAAUAAAGACAUUGAUAGCAUAUCUGAUACUAACGUAAGAUUUCUUUUAGAAGAUGAAGAUGAGAAAAAUAAAUUGGUUAGCCAAGACAAUGAGACAAAUAAAUGCAAUAAUAAUGAAUCAACUGCGUCAGAUAAAGAGGCGAUUAAUGAUAUUGAUAAUGUAACAGUUUAUAAAAUAAUUGAAGAAAUUAGUGAUACAACGGAUACUAGUAACGAUAAUGAAAAAGCUAUCCCAAACGAUAAUAUACUGAACAUAGUUGACGCGAAACUUAAUGAUUAUUUUAAGAAGUGCAAAAAAAUCUAUUCAAAAAAGAUUAAAAAGGAAACGGAUAUAAAUAAAAACGAAAUGGCGCAGAAUGGAGAUGCAGAUUUUUUGACACUUUCUUGUGAUAAAUGCAAACCUACAUUUAAAAAGGUAUCCGAGAAUGAAAACGUCAAGUAUUGCUUAAAAUGUUCAUCGAUUUUUGACUCGAAAGACUGUACGUAUUGUAUUAAAAAAUUGAAUGGAACGUGUGUACCUUGUAAACUUAAAUUUUGCUGUGCAAGUUAUUACAAAAGUCAUACAGAGAGUUGUUCUAAACUUAGGAGUAUAUGUAAAGAUGCUGAGGCUGCUGAAAAACUUGAUACACUACGGGUAUUGUUUUCCAGUUAUAUCAUAAAACAUAAAUAAAUUCCAUCAAAUCUACCACUGUGUUGCCAGUAAAAUGAAAUGUUUCAUUUUACUGGCAACACAGUUAAGGAGUAUAUGUAAAGAUAAUGUAAUCCAGUAACUUUGUCGAAUUUUGUAACCUGGCUAUUUUGCGUCAAAUCCGGUAGUUCUGAUUUUUUGCAGGCUUGUUUAUGAUGUUGGCCCAAUGAAUAAUCCAAGUUUGUGACCUCGAGCGCCGAACGCAACUUUGUCAAAAAUCGAAUAAACCGCAUUUUUUUUUA